AUGAUCGUUCUCGCAACUGAUGGUAGCGAACUGGAAAUCCCUAACAUUGAAAACCGCGGAUCAGUCAGUCACAAUCAUUACGUUCACCCGUUCGGUUCGUUCAAUCCGGCGCUCUUCGGUGCUUCUUUCAAGAAAAUUUCCUUCAUCGUAGCCAAGUGUUGUUCCCAAUCAGAGAUGCUUCCCAAGACGGUCGUUUGUUUUGCCGGCUUUUUAACGGUUUUCGCGAUCGUCGUCACGAUCGCCAAUGGCGAUGUGUCACACCUGGUGGAGAAUCCGGUGACGGAAGUGUGCCUGCGGUGCAUCUGCGACGCGUCCAGCGGAUGUGACCCAACGGUUCGAUGCUCCGGCGAGUCGUGUGGCAUGUUCCGGAUCACCUGGGCCUACUGGUCCGAUGCCGGCAAACCGGUCCUGCAGGGUGAUACCCCGGACAAUCAGAAUGCUUACGCCAACUGUGCCAAUGAUCCCCAGUGUGCCGCCCAAACCGUCCAGGGAUACAUGAGGAAGUUUGGCCAGGAUUGCAACGGCGAUGGAAUCAUCGAUUGUCUCGAUCAUGCGGCCAUCCACAAGCUCGGAGGUUACGGUUGUAAACAAGCGGUCCCGGUUGUCUAUCAGGCCAAGAUCGACCAGUGUAUUCACUACGCAGCUGGAACUCAAAUUUAGAACUCCCCGAUUCCCUGAUCCAUCUGAUGAAAAAGUCUGCUCGCCUGGUCAGGGGCAGCAAAAUGUAACCCUUAUGAAAAAAAAAACAAACACAUUCUUAUCGCGCUUCCCACACGAGAUAAGCAACAGAACUCCUCGUUCCAGGGGAUGCACACACGAAUCUGUGCAUUCCGCAAUUAAUUUAUUUUAUUUUUUUUUUCAAUGUCAAUUAAACGAAAAAGAUUUCGAUUAAA